CCUGAGAGGUAAAGAGGGCGGAGGAAAGGAAGAGGAGGCGGGAUUCGGGCGCUGCGUUGGCUGCGGCCUGGCACCAAGGGGGCGGCCCCGGCGGAGUGCAGACCCAGUGGCCCCUAGCGAUUAUGGACCCGGCCGAGGCGGUGCUGCAGGAAAAAGCGCUCAAGUUUAUGUGCUCUAUGCCCAGGUCUCUGUGGCUGGGCUGCUCCAGCCUGGCGGACAGCAUGCCUUCGCUGCGAUGCCUGUAUAACCCAGGGACUGGCGCACUCACAGCUUUCCAGAAUUCCUCAGAGAGAGAAGACUGUAAUAAUGGCGAACCCCCUAGGAAGAUAAUACCAGAGAAGAAUUCACUUAGACAGACAUACAACAGCUGUGCCAGACUCUGCUUAAAUCAAGAGACAGUAUGUCUAGCAAGCACUGCUAUGAAGACUGAAAAUUGUGUGGCCAAAACAAAACUUGCCAAUGGCACUUCCAGUAUGAUUGUGCCCAAGCAACGGAAACUCUCGGCAAGCUAUGAGAAGGAAAAGGAACUGUGUGUCAAAUAUUUUGAGCAGUGGUCAGAGUCCGAUCAAGUGGAAUUUGUGGAACAUCUUAUAUCCCAAAUGUGUCAUUACCAACAUGGGCACAUAAACUCAUAUCUUAAACCUAUGUUGCAGAGGGAUUUCAUAACUGCUCUGCCAGCUCGGGGUUUAGAUCACAUUGCUGAGAACAUCCUGUCAUACUUGGAUGCCAGAUCACUAUGUGCUGCUGAACUUGUGUGCAAAGAAUGGUACCGAGUGACGUCUGAUGGCAUGUUAUGGAAGAAGCUCAUCGAAAGAAUGGUCAGGACAGAUUCUCUGUGGAGAGGCCUGGCAGAACGAAGAGGGUGGGGACAGUAUUUGUUCAAAAACAAACCUCCUGAUGGAAAUGCACCUCCCAACUCUUUUUAUAGAGCACUUUAUCCUAAAAUUAUACAAGACAUUGAGACAAUAGAAUCUAAUUGGAGAUGUGGAAGACAUAGCUUACAGAGAAUCCACUGCCGAAGUGAAACAAGCAAAGGAGUUUACUGUUUACAAUAUGAUGAUCAGAAGAUAGUAAGCGGCCUUCGAGACAACACAAUCAAGAUCUGGGAUAAAAGCACAUUGGAAUGCAAGCGGAUUCUCACAGGCCACACAGGUUCUGUCCUGUGUCUCCAGUAUGACGAGAGGGUGAUCAUAACUGGGUCGUCGGAUUCCACGGUCAGGGUGUGGGAUGUAAAUACAGGUGAAAUGCUGAACACAUUGAUUCACCAUUGUGAAGCAGUUCUGCACUUGCGUUUCAAUAAUGGCAUGAUGGUGACCUGCUCCAAAGACCGUUCCAUUGCAGUAUGGGAUAUGGCCUCCCCGACUGACAUCACCCUCCGCAGGGUGCUUGUCGGACACCGAGCUGCAGUCAAUGUUGUAGACUUUGAUGAUAAGUACAUCGUUUCUGCAUCUGGGGAUAGGACUAUAAAGGUAUGGAACACAAGUACUUGUGAGUUUGUACGGACCUUAAAUGGACACAAACGUGGAAUUGCCUGUUUGCAGUACAGAGACAGGCUGGUUGUGAGUGGCUCAUCUGACAACACAAUCAGAUUAUGGGAUAUAGAAUGUGGUGCAUGCUUACGAGUGUUAGAAGGCCAUGAGGAAUUGGUGCGCUGUAUUCGAUUUGACAACAAGAGGAUAGUCAGUGGAGCCUAUGAUGGAAAAAUUAAAGUGUGGGAUCUUGUAGCUGCCUUGGACCCUCGUGCCCCUGCAGGAACUCUUUGUCUACGGACCCUUGUGGAGCAUUCUGGAAGAGUUUUCCGACUCCAGUUUGAUGAAUUCCAGAUUGUCAGUAGUUCACAUGAUGACACAAUCCUCAUCUGGGACUUCCUAAAUGAUCCAGCUGCCCAAGCUGAACCUCCCCGCUCCCCUUCUCGAACAUACACCUAUAUCUCCAGAUAAAUACUCAUACACUGACCUCAGACUCGCCCAGGACUCAUUAAAGUUGCGGUAUUUAACAUAUCUGCCAAUACAGGAUGAGCAACAACAGUAACAAUCAAACUACCACCCACUUUCCCCGGACUAGCCGAGGAGCGGGGCUUUAAGACUCCUAUUGGGACACAGUUGGUCUGCAGUCGACCCGGGAUGGUCUACUCAGCACAGCUGACUGCUUCCGUGCUGCUAUCAGAAGAUGUCUUUUAUCUUUUGUGAAUGAUUGGAACUUUUAAACCUUACCUCCCCUCUUUCUUUCCCCUCUGCACCUGUUUUUUCCUUAUUUGGUUCCAGACAAAGAUGACUUAUAAAUAUAUUUAGUGUUUUGCCAGAAUCUCUCUUGCUUUGCUCUUAAGCAGAAGAACUAGUUUCCCUGUGUAGCCUACUAGGAGAGAGCCACUUCUAGGGGACGGGCGAUGCAGCUUCAAGCCAGACAGCACCUAGUGUCUCCCUGUAAACUGCAGGCGUGUCCAGCACCCAGCAGGACCUGCCCCAACCCCACUCUGCUUAGGAGGAGGCAACUGUCUGUAUAGCCUCUGGGGCAAGAAAGAAAGAAAACAAGAAUAUACGCCCUGGAAGAUCUGGGCCUCUUUCGUUCCAUCUCUUUCUCUGUUUCUGUCCCUCUUGCCCCCUGCUGUCCCACUCGCCUUCAACAUGUUUCUCUGCUCCACCUGAGAAGAAAAAGUAUGAAGAAAGUAUCCUCAGUUAUCAUGAGGCAAAUGAGGAAAUGCAAUACUUAGAAGAGUUAAAAUGUUUUUCAGUCAAAAUUUCAAACCCAGGCUUUGGCCGCAAGUGACCCUUUGUGGCAGCAAUGGAUUCUCAAACAUGGUACUCUCCUCAUAUUUGCAACUCUUCUCUCUUCCCCUUAGUUACACACCCCACCCCCACCCUCAAAAGGGAGGCGGCAGAAAUUUCCUGGGCUCCAUCAAUGGCCACAUCUUUUCUGGACUCAGCAGUCUCCUGGAUUCCAUGUAGAGUGUGGAAAGGAGUUGCUGAUUGCAUUUCCUCUCAUUAACAGUUAGAUGUGUAAUAAAAAGCAUUGUACUUCAUCUUAAAUCACUGCUAAGGCUCAGCCUACAGAAAGAACUGAAAUGGCCAGAGCCAGUUGCUCGGUACUCUCUGCAUAAUAGUUUGCAUCUCUGAUUUCUUCAUCAGAGCCUGUGAGUACCCAGAGCACCUGUCUCUUUGCCAAGACCAUGAUCAGACUAGCUUACCAGGUGGUCAGGACUAAAAGGUGAUGUCUUUUUCACUUAGGCCAGUAAAUAUCGUCCCUCAAAAAUCAAGCUAAUCAUCUCAGCCUUGCACUGCAGAACCUUCCUUCUGCUUUUCCAAACCUGGUAUUUAUAAAAGGCAAAGCUGCCAGAGAGAGAGAAUCAGGGUGAAGUUUGGCAUACAGGGUUUAUUAAUGGUGCAGAAACUGCCUUCUCUUUACUUUUCUUCCUUCUCCUGGCCUUAUUUUACUCUCCACUCUCCCCAGCCAAUAAAAUUUUUGUGGCAGUUGGUGAGCAACAUAAACAAAUGAACUUCAGCAAGGGCCAAGGCUGACCGGUAGGAGCUUCAGGUGAGGGCAUGUAUGCCCCCAACCCGGUAGCACAGGGAGUACUAUCCCUGUGUGCCCCACUUGUUUCCAGGUCAGGAGUGGGCCUGCACCAGCCAUCUCAUGGGACACAGACACACCCAUCAACAGCCGCAAGGCCCAGGGCAGUCUCAAGGGUCCCUUGGAAGCUGAGUUGACAGGCCCAUUGUUUCCAUUACUGAUCAACACAGUUGAGUAAAAGAAAAGCCUCUUUUAACCAGCUGCUGUAAAAUUUCAGUGGGAGCCUGUAGCAGGUGACCUCAAAGCCAGGCCACUUUAGUUCAGCAAGGGAGGCGGGGAGAGAGAAAGCCAUCUUCACUGUUCCCUCUGCUUUGCCAGAAGGAAUCCUCUUUCCAAAACGUGCCCAGACCGAAUGUUUUUUCAUAGUGAGAGGCAGACUGUGCGUAUGUAUUUUCCCUUUCCUGCUUUAUGAGUGCUUUUAAGCUUUUAGUAACAGGUUAUAGAGAGAAAUAUUUUCCAGUGUAAUGAUAUGUCAUUGCCAGGGAAAUAUUUUCUGAGUAUAAUUCCCUUACCAACUACCCACAUGCUAGAGAAAUGUCUUCUAUUUAGCCACUAUCAGGGUUCCUUGUCUAUUGUCUUGACUAUUAAUGGAUUUUGAUUGGUUAAGGAUUUUCUAUAGAUGAGGCAGAGGGCUGACCAUCCUGAAAAACACCCAGGUCAGGCACUAAAGAGGCAAUGGAUUUUGAACUGUUUCAAAAUAUUGUCCAGUAGCCAUAACUUUACCAGCCCUUCUCUUACAUGCUGCUAUUCAGAAGUGGAACUGUGGAAUAGUCAUUGGUGCCCGGGGUUUUGCUCGCCCAUCUAGGUUCAGUGUAAGGUAUGUUCUUUCUAAGACAAUUUUGGGAGCUUGUCCAGUACAUCAUAAAUGAGAUCAAGAGUGGACCCUGCAGUCUGGAGCCAUCAGCUCCAUCAAGGAUAUUCUGCAAGUUGUCCUCUGCUGCUGUUGGAAAUGGGAAUGAAGUUAAGUGGUCUGAAAAACUUGAGUCAGUCACAUUUCUCAGCUCUGGGGGUCAUUUACCAGUUCACUGUAGAAGAAAUAAUCAGGUAAGUAGAAGUUCAUUUCCAGAGAAGGUAAAUCCCACUUACCAUCUCUGCAUGAUUUCAGUGGGAAUUGAUUAUCACUAAUCCCCAGCUGGGCUAGAAUAAAUGUAAAGUUUGACCUUUUUAAAAAGAAAAGAGAAAAAAGAAACAAAGAAAGUCUUAACACCUCCAAAGAAAUGGUAGAAAAGGAAGUGAAGGUGUCUCUGGGCUCUGAAAUGAAAUGUCCCCAUUGUAGAUUAGUCUCUUCUCACUAAAAUUCCAGUGUGGGCCUGCCAGAAACGUUUCAUAAAGAUAGAGGAAUCGGGGACUUCCCUGGUGGUUCAGUGGCUAAGACUCUGUGCUUCCAAUGCAGGGGGCCCGGGUUCAAACCCUGCUGUAACUAAGACCUCAUGCAGUCAAAUAAAUAAAUAAAUAUAUAUUUAAAAAAAAAAAAAAGAUAGAGGAAUCGUGUUCAAAAGCAAGCGAGGAGCAUGUGCAUGCCCCUGCACCCGGUUGCUCUAUGGGCACUUGUGAGCUCUCUGUUCACACUGGGGCUUCUUGGACAUAACCAGCAUGCCUUGCUACAUGUGUGUAUUUCCACUGCUGAGAACAUCCUUUUAUUUCCCUCUGUGCAGUUUGAAAGUGGACAUGAAUUGUGAAUGGGAGGCCUUUUACACUUGUCUCUUGGCAAAAUUCUUUCCAAUGACUCUUUACCAGAAAUUUCAGAGACAGACUCUCUGGAAUUCUACUGACAAGUAAUAAAGUCUGGCCCUCAUAACUUGUUUUGGGGAAGGAUCCUGGGACCCCUAAAUCAUUCUGUUUUCUGCUUGAGUAAGAAAAAUCCUUUUUAUUUUUCUUUUGUAAAACCAAAAGUUGAAGAGAAGAAAAUAUGCACUCUUUGCCAUUUCCUGGUACCCACUGGUCUGAACAGCUGUGGUUACUUAGCACUUGGUUAUAUGUGGAAAUUCAGGGCUUUGGGUGGAGUGGGCGGGGGGAUAUUAGAAUAUUAAUAACUAGGGCAACAUUUUCUUCCCUAGAAUUAUACACUUUGGUAUUGUUGACCUUCUUGGCAUCUUAUGUGGUAACACCUUCCUGCCUAGAAUAGUGCAGGCCAGAGAGGCUAGGCUGCAAACUUGAUUCUGGAGGAAUCCAAGGUACUUUAGGUGUAAAAGGGGAUGUUUAGAUGCCCACCACCUGUCUGAUUAUCAGGUUUGCCAUAUUACUUUAAUCCACAUUUGUGAUCUCCUCCUCCAUUUCUGAGUUCAACAGACUUCCACGAUCUGGAGAGCAUGAAAAGGUGCCCUUCCUUUUCUUUGCCUUCCUCUCUUCCCUUCUAGAGUAACCCUCACUUCUAUCAAGUGUACCCGAUCCUGCAGGCUGAGUUCAUCUCCUCAGACUUCAUCCACACAGCUGAUCGCUGACAGACCACAAACCCCUUAAAUUAUCCACAGACUCAAAAUAAUCUGUGCCAAAAAGACAGCCAUCUCUUAGUAGAAUAAAGCUGAGUUUUGCUUCUUGUUA